AAUGCGCAUGCUCUGGAAGCUCUGUGACUGUCUUGUUUACAUCGUCUUUUUGCCCUUGUGUUUCGGUGUGACGGACAAUCUGAAAGUUGUGGAUUCGGAUUUACAAUACAGAAUUUACCCUCGAAAGGUGAAGAAUGUCGGUAAAACAUGCCAUUAGCCGGGGGCUGGAGUUUGGGCGAUCGGUUUACAAGAUUGGUCUCCUGAAACCCGCCAGCCGAAUCGCAGCAAAGUUCCGAGGUGAGCGUGUCCACGGGCCCCCGCAGAGCCGUACCGCCCAGCCGCAGACCUUCUUGCCGUCUCGGUACCGAUACUUUCGGACCACAUUGAGUGGCAUCGCCGCUCGGGUCCAAUCCGGCGGGUUCAGGAGGUUUGCCGGUAGCUCUCCGCGGAACAGAGCCGUGUUUCUAGCGUUCGGCCUCGGAGUCGGUCUGAUCGAGCAGCAGCAGGAAGACGACAGGGGGAACGCCGCAACCUGCCAGGGAAUUCAGGAACUAUUUAGUAAGAAAAAGUUUCAGAGUCCUCUCAAGCGUUUUACCUCAGGGUACAAGUUGGAGGACUAUGCCAUUGGGAAGCAGAUUGGGAAAGGAUCCAACGCUGCAGUCUACGAGGCUGCUGCUCCUUUGGCCUUCUCCAAGAAGACAAGUUCCGUGGUGGAAGUAUCGGAGGAUCAGGGUGAAGGAGAGAGCACUCCAUAUCUCAGAUGCUGCUUCCCUCUCGCUGUCAAAAUGAUGUGGAACAUUGGGGCAGGGUCGUCCAGUGACGCCAUACUAAGAUCGAUGUCUCAGGAACUGGUGCCAGCGGGACCACAUGCCUUGGGGCAGGAAAACAAGCAAAUUAGUCUGGAUGGGCAUUUUGGAGUUCUGCCGAGGACGGUGCCGGCUCACCCCAACGUCAUCCGAGUGCACCGUGCCUUCACGGCCGACGUGCCCCUCCUGCCAGGCGCAAGGGAGGAAUAUCCGGCUGUACUGCCAGCCAGACUCAACCCGGACGGCAUUGGUUAUAACCGCACCUUGUUCCUGGUCAUGAAAAACUAUCCGUGCACGCUGCGGCAGUAUCUGGAGGGGAACCAGCCAGGACUGAGGCAGGGCACUCUGAUGCUGCUGCAGCUCCUGGAGGGAGUGGAUCACCUGUACAGAGGAGGCGUGGCCCACCGGGACCUCAAGUCGGACAACGUGCUGGUGGAGCUGGAUUCAGAUGGAUCACUUCGUUUGGUGAUCAGUGACUUUGGCUGCUGCCUGGCCCAAAGUGACGGCAGCCUGCAGCUUCCUUUCAACAGCGUCUGGGUCAGCAGAGGGGGCAACGCCUGCCUAAUGGCACCUGAGGUGGCCACUGCAGUCCCCGGCCGAGCCGUGGUCAUCGACUACAGCAAAGCCGAUGCCUGGGCUGUCGGCACCAUCUCCUACGAGAUAUUCGGGGAGCCCAACCCCUUCUAUGGAGCCCAGGGGCUGGAGAGCCGGAGCUACCAGGAGAACCAGCUCCCAAGGCCCCCUGCCGCUGUCGCUGCCGACGUGCAGCUGGUGGUCUCUUUACUCUUGAGGAGGAACCCUGAAAAGCGCCCCAGUGCCCGUGUUGCCGCCAACAUCCUGCACCUCAGCCUGUGGGGGAAGAAAGCCCUGGCCAAUCAGGACAGCGUGGCCAUGAGGGAGCUCGUGGAUUGGUUGUUGUGCCAGUCGGCCGUGGUUCUCCUGAGGGGCUGCGGCGGUCCCCGUGGGAACACGGUGGAGGCUGAGCUACAGAGGGGCUUCCUGGCCCACCUGGAGCUGCAGGACCUGCGCACGGCAGUGGGCUUCCUGCUGUUCGGACGGGCGCAGCGUCAGGCCUGCAUCCUGUGUGCUUAGAGCCGCACACGCAGCAACGGUCAAAACACACAAGGCAACGCAACCCUGGGAAUACAAUUGGGUGCUUUUUGGAUUGUUUGGAAUCCCCUUGCACUUAGAUCUAGUUAUUAUAUAGCUGUUGUGAGAGGAGAUAUCUGCUGGUGAACAUAAAAGUUAAUAUUUAACUGUGGGUUUACGGUUAACAAAUGACAUGACCGGAAGUGCAAAGCAUGCUGCUAAAUAAAGGCUUUUCCUAAUUCUCUCUGAGCUCCGUCAUAGCUAUGUUCUUUACAUAGAACACGUGACUUUGUGGUGGAUUGCACUGUGGCUUUUGCACUUACACAAACAGAUUGUUUGGAUUGCGGUCUUGAUGUGAUGCACAUGUUUAUAAAAGUGUAUAGGUUAUUUAAAUAGGAUAACGUAUUUGAGGUAAAUGCCCUCAUUUUAAUUCAAGCAACUACAUGGAGUGGGAAAUACUUUGGCUUUAUUUUAGGUGGUGCAGUUUAAUUUCAACAUCUUGCUUCUGGAAUAGAUGUAUACAUGUACAUGUGUAAAGAUACUUUCCAAAUAUGUAUGCAUUAAAUAAAGAACAAAAAAUGUU